CAGUAGCCCUAGCAACCGCUGCAGAGGUUCUGUGUACCUUAGCAACCAUGGAGGAUGAGCUUUCGUUGAUGGAAGAACAAGUCACACAAGAACAAAAAGAAUUCCUCUACAACCGAGUCGAAGAGCUAAAAUGUUCAAAUGCAACCCUCCUGGCAGAGAAUGACAUGUUUGAGCGGUUUAUCAGCCGCAUUGAUCCUCAGGACCUGGUCUCCCAGGUUGGAGGAGACAAUCUUGGGGCAGCAGGAGCCCCCCAGUUGGAGGGUGGGGGACGUGGAAGGAGCCGGAGGUCCCGGUCCAGCAUAUCAGAUCGUCUUCAUCAGCUGACCUUGGAGCAAAAAAUUUAUGUGGCACAGAGAGAAGUCACAGAGACUCGACAAGACCAGGAGAAACUCAAACAGAGAGUUGACCGAAUUCAGGACAACUACAAGGCCUCCCUUAAAGAGGCAGAUUUGCGUCUUGCAGAAAUCAACAAGUCUAAGAGUGAGUUUGAACGCAGACUGCUCAAACCUAUAAAGGACAACAGGCUGGAAAUGAAAGAGCCUGACAAGGUGCUCCAGUACAUCGAAGAGAAGUCAAAGGUCACCCAGUUGGAGAAGUUAAAUCUGAAGAACUGUGCACUAAAAGUGCACGAGAAGAAGCUCCAGCAGCAGCUUCAACAGAAAAAGGAGAUGGGAAAAGCCGAAUAUCAGGAAAUUUUCCAGGAGUACAGCGAGCAGAGAAUUGAAAAAAACCUGGAUGAGCUUCAAGUCAACAAUUUAAAAGUGCAACGUGUUCUCAGUUCACACAAGGAGAGGCUGCAGAGUGUGAUAUUGGAGUCCAUACAGCUGAGCAAUGACAUCAGCAACAAGAAGCAGAUGCUGGCAAAAAUUGAGGAGGAGAUAAGGCAGGCUGAGGAGGAAUGCUUGAAGGCGGAAGCUCUCAACCAACACCUGUGCUGCCAGAUGACAGAUUAUCAGGCUCCUGAUAUCACUGCGUACAUGCAUGUCAAAGAGAAACAUAAGAAGCUGCAGCAGAGCAUUCACACUUGGGAGAGAAAGGUUGGGGUUGCUCAGAUGGCCUUGAAGACCCAUGCUAAAGCCUGGAACACUCAGAGAGCCACUGUUACUCCUGCAUACAGUGCUGAGGCUGGAGCUAGAUCUAGGGGGCACCAGCUCCCAGUGAAGCUCCCAUACAUAGCAGAACAGAGCACAUGGAGAAAAAACAAAUCAGAAAAAGCUGACUGGAUUCAAUAAAACUUGCUCAAUCAAGCCCAAUUCCUUUAAUCAUUGUAAAAUCUUUGUAUACUGAAUUAUACUGAACAUUAAAAUAAUCUGAUUCCCUAUUCUCUGUGCCCUGGUCCCUCAUAGUUUCACUGACUGGGGCAAACAUUCAAAUGUCUUUACCUUACAAUUAGUAAUUACUCCAGUUCUAGUACAGUCAUUUCAUCAUGCUUUUAUUAUUUUAACUGUAAUCAAGAUUCUGUGUGGGGCACUGAGACUCCUUGGGUGAUGUGGCACUAUUUACAAUGGUGGAAUGUAACCAAGUACAUGUACUGCAUUACUGUACCUCAGUGCAAGCAAGGUAUUUGUACUGUAUGUAAAAUUAGUUCGCAGUUUUAGAUUUUGCAUUCAAAACAUGAUCAAUAUUGCUGUAGAAAACAUAAAAUAGCUUAAGUUCUUCACAUUAAAGCAAUGCUGCCGCAUUAACAGGGAAGCAAUAUUUUACUAUUACAUCAUUAAUAGGGAUACAAAUAUAUAUAUUUUUACCUAAGUAAAAAUAACCUGAACACUUCUUCCACCAUAGUAUUUAAAUAAACUUACUCAGUGUAAAAAGUAGGGGGAGAAAAAUCCACCUCGGACUCAACAAACUAUUUCCUUUAUUAGAAAGAAAUCCUUGGAGGUAUAAGCCCUCAAAGAACUAAACGUUAUGUGAUGUUACAUGCCAUAUAUACAGUUAUGUACAUAAAAGUGCAAUGUCACAAUGGGUAAGCUGUUUAUUUAUUAUUAAUCCUGUCAUAUAACUGUUUGGAAAAUGGUAUCAUUACUUAUUUACGUGUCUUCUUUCUGCCCUGCAUUUUCUCAAAAACAGCAUCUGACAUGAAAAUGCAACAGCACAGAAUGUCUGAAGUUCCUCUAAAACAUUUUCAAAGGCACUUUCACAAGUACAUACUACAGAUGUACAGAACACCACAGAGUAGCUUAUAGCCUACAGACGCCAUGACUGAGUCCUACUGUUGAUGAUGUUAACACAGUGGAAAAAAAGCACAAUUUUUACAACUGGCUUCAUACUGUAGGAGGGACACUUGUAUCUCUGGAUAUUUAAUCUACAUAGUUUGUUUGAAGUCAUUUCUACCCAGAAAUAAACAAACAAAAAAAUAAAAUAAAAAUUAUAACAAAAAAUAUUAAAAGUUAGUAAAUCAGAAAGUCAAUUAUCUUUUGAUUAUACACACUAUAUCUGUCAAGUCAAAGAUAGUGUAAACCUGUUGUUAGAGAGCAAUGCUUAUUCAUAGCAGACCAAGUCUUUUCUGUGUGUUGCUAUGCUAGCCAAACAUUCCCAGGACAUGCACCCACUUCUGUCAAUUACAGUACAGAGGUUAUUUUUGAAAAACACAUACGGGGUGCAGCCACACAGCUGGAACUCUGGCACAUACAGUUUUAUGGGGCUAUUGCAUUUGAAAUUAUUACUCAACAAGGACACACAUGAGCUGACUGACACCGGCUGUUCAUCCCAGAUUAUGUGAGACUUUUCUGCCACAUGAUUGGUAUUUAUAAGUGACUUCUUCCACAAAUGCAGACAAUCCACAGAGGAAGUCUAAGUGUCAGUCAGAGAACAAUACAAAAAAAACAAAAAACAAAACGCUAUCGACAUUCUUUCCUGAACACAAAACAGACUAGAGGGAUACAAGGCAAGCUGCUGUUUUGAGAGAUUUUGACCAAGAGAAGCAUAGAAAGCGGGGUGAACAUAUCAGGAGCCUUUAACACUAACAGUCAUUAGGUCCAUGGCUACCAGCAGCACUCCCACAGGGCGCUGCUAUGAGUCUAUACAUAUCAGUCAAUACGAAGAAUACCUACAUCUAUAGGGAGGGUCAGCAUCCAUGCUUUUAACUUGCACAGUCAUGUCUUUGGGUAGAUAGAGCCAAGCAAGGCAUAGAAGAAGCUGCGACAUGUGUUCCACACCAUGUAAUAGCAUAUGUGUUGUAUUUACUGUAGGUAAGAGAUGAUUUAUCAUCACAAAUUUUCACGCUGCUCCCCGUAGACUACGCAGAUGCAAAGGCAUAGGUUAUUAGGCAUAUAUUAUCCCUGCAUCACGACUUAUUGAGGCAGGAAUUCAAGAAUGCAUCAAAAUCAAAACAAAGUUCGUAAUGAAGUAGUGGUUGUAUCCAAUGGUCAUAUGUCAUUCCAGGCAAUAUGGAAAUAUCUUCAAAUAAAUGUGAGUGAAUCCAGCACAGAGGUGAUAUUUGUACAUUUCGGAAACACAACAGAUGGUAUUCCUUGCCAAGAAAAGUUGCAGAGUUUGCACACUAGUGACAAAAGCAUACUGUUUAUCAGUACUACUACAUAUUAACAUAGUACCAUUAGUUGUUAAGGGCUCUACAGGCCCAUCAUCAGUCCAACCUUCAAACCAUUUCUCUCCAGGUAGUCACAGCACCAUUGUAAUAGUUAACAUUUCAAAUCCAAAGUCAAUAAGGCCUUUCAAUCUGUUCACAACACCUUCAAGGG